AUGUCCCACUCGAAGCAAAAAUUUGCGCGAGGCCAGCAAGCUCCCAAGUUGGAUGCUGAUGCUGGUCUAGCGCUCACCGCUGGUCACUUUGAUCAAGCUGUAGAAGGCUGGGCACCCAUCGGUACGUUGCCAGACGAUGUGCUUCCGGAAGGGCAAGCUCGACCCAAGCUGUUCGACAGUCUGGUCGAGCUCAAUCAUUCCGGUGGUCUAGCGCUCAAGAACAGGGUGGUGGUGUCGCCCAUGUGUCAGUAUGUCGCCAAGGAUGGCUUCCCAAGCGUCUACCAUCUCGGCCACCACGCUUCCUGGGCCCUGCACGGCGUCGGCACCAUCAUGUUCGAGACCACUGGCGUCACUCCAGCUGGCAGGAUCAGUACGCACGAUCUGGGUCUUUGGAAGGAUGAGCAGAUUCCAGCGUUCAUCUCCCUCGUAUCAUCCCUGCGCACCCUCUCGCCCGGUCUGACAGUGGGCGUGCAGCUGGGCCAUGCAGGCAGAAAAUCCUCCACAUUUCCGCCUUUUCAGCGUCGCCCACGCAAGCACGAGCAGUGGGCGGAAGAGGAGGAAGGCGGUUGGCCAGAGGAGAUUGUCGCUCCCAGCGCUGUCCCUUACGGACCCAACUGGUUCAAACCUCGCGAGCUGAGCAUCGGCGAGAUCGAGAACAUAAAGCAACAAUUCAUCCAAGCUGCAGAGAGAGCCUACGACAAGGUCGGUGUCGAUUUCAUCGAGAUUCACCUGGCUCACGGCUACCUCGGACACCAAUUCCUCUCGCCGCUGUCCAACAAGCGCACAGACCAGUAUGGCGGUUCCUUUGAGGGUCGCAUAAAGUUUCCCUUGGACAUCAUCAAGGCCAUCCGAGCCAGGUGGCCAGAACGCUCGCUUUGGGUGCGAAUCUCUGCUACGGAUCAAUGUGAUCACUUGGCUGCCCAGGGUACAGAGGUGUGGGACUUGGAGCAGACCAAGAAGCUCGCAGAAAUCCUGGAUCGAGAGGGUGUGGCUGUGCUGGAUGUCAGCUCCGGCGGUCUAGUGGCCGAGCAACAGAUCCAAGUCGGGCACGCCUACCAAGCGCCAUUGGCCGCCGGCAUCAAAUCGCUGAAGUUGCCCUCGAUGAAGGUCAUGUCCGUCGGCAUGCUCGAGUCGGGACCGAACGACAAGGCAGGAGAGGUGGCCGAAGCGACGCUUCAAAAUGGUCAUGCAGAUCUCAUUGCUAUCGCGAGAGGUCAGAUGGCAUCGCCCAAUUGGACCGAAUUGGCUGCUGCCAACCUGGCCGGCGUGCGAACGGUCGAGAACCCGAGCUACCAUAGAAUUCACGGCCCAAAGCGCACUCCGCACUGA